AUGCUUCACGUUGGCAUUAGCAAGUUUUUGUUGUUCUUCAACGUGAGAAAUAGCCUUAGUACACUUAGUCAUUACAAACGUCGCGCUCGCAAGUUCUUCAUUUAUGUCCAAGAUUAUGAUGAAAAUGACCCCAAAACCCAUGACGGCUUCGACUUGACAAGGGUCACUACAAGAGAACUCGUUUCGAAAUAUGGUCUUGAUGACAAAACUUUGGACUUCAUUGGCCAUGCAAUAGCUCUUCAUAGGGAUGAUCGUUACUUAAAUGAACCUGCACUGGACACCGUGAAAAGAAUGAAGCUUUAUGCCGAGUCUGUUGCCCGUUUCCAAGGAGGAUCCCCAUACAUUUAUCCUUUAUAUGGAUUAGGAGAGCUUCCUCAGGCAUUUGCUCGGCUCAGUGCAGUUUAUGGCGGGACAUGUAUGUUAAAUAAACCUGAGUGCAAGGUUGAGUUCAAUGAGGAAGGAAAAGUUAUUGGUGUUACUUCUGAAGGCGAAACUGCGAGAUGCAAAAAAGUUGUAUGUGAUCCGUCGUACUUGCCGAACAAGGUUCGAAAGGUUGGAAAGGUUGCAAGAGCAAUUGCCAUCAUGAGCCAUCCAAUUCCCAACACCAAUGAUUCCCAUUCAGUGCAGGUUAUCCUGCCACAGAAGCAGUUGGGUCGCAUAUCAGACAUGUAUCUCUUCUGUUGUUCUUACUCUCACAAUGUUGCUCCAAAAGGAAAAUUUAUUGCAUUUGUAUCGACCGAGGCAGAGACUGAUAAUCCCGAGACUGAGCUGAAGCCUGGAACUGACCUUCUUGGGCCUGUUGACGAGAUAUUCUAUGAUAUGUAUGACAGAUAUGAGCCAGUCAACGAGCCCACUUUGGACAAUUGCUUUAUAUCAACAAGUUACGACGCUACAACACACUUUGAGUCCACAGUGAUAGAUGUGCUGAACAUGUAUACCCUGAUAACUGGGAAGGUUGUGGACCUGAGUGUGGACUUGAGUGCUGCAAGUGCUGCGGAAGAAUGAGGAGCACUCCACUCCUUUUGGCAUUGAUUGAUAUGUAAGUUAAUCCUUUUUUUUUUUUUUUAAUCAAAUCAAACUAGCCUACAAAUGCUAAAAGUUGUAAACACCAACACAAGGGGAGCUGGAUUGUCUUGAGUUGUAUCAUUUUUCUUUUUCAUCCAUGGACAUGUUACGAAUGUUGUUUGAAAAUGUUGGUUGUCACGGAACAUGUGUAGAUUUCAGACGUUAUGAUCGAUGAUAAUUUCUAGCCUUGCAGCUUGGCAACCCUUUUUUUA